AUGUUAGAAAAAUUCGGUAUGAAAAGUGCAAAUUCAUUGAGUGUUCCAGCAGAACCAGGUUUAAGUUUGCGUAAAAGUGAAGUAAAUAAAAAAGAAUGUAUUCCUUAUCGCGAAGCAAUAGGCUCACUUUUAUUUACUGCAAGAACAUGUCGACCGGAUAUAGAAUAUUCAGUCAAUUAUGUGAGUCAAUUUUUAGAUUCUUUUAAUAAGGAACAUUGGCAAGCUGUAAAGAGAAUUUUUAGAUACUUGAUAGGGACACGAAAUUAUGGUUUGGUUUUUGGAAAUAGUGGGAGUACACUUAAUCUUUUAGGAUUUACCGAUGCAGAUUACGCAGGGUGCAUACAAACACGAAAGUCAAGAAGCGGUUUUGUGUUUCUGUUAAACGGUGGACCAAUAUCUUGGUCGAGCAAGCGUCAAGAUGUAGUUUCACUAUCGACAGCCGAAGCAGAGUAUAUAGCUUUAGCAAAUGGAACAAAAGAAGCUAUUUGGUUACGUCGGAUGUUGAAUAAGUUAGGUAUUAAAUGUGAAACAGCUCCAAUUUAUGUUGAUAAGCAAUCCGCGAUAAAAUUGUCUAAAAAUUCUGAAUUUCAUCAGCGAUCAAAGCACAUAGAUGUGCGAUUUCAUUUUAUUAGAGAUGUGAUUGGUAGAAAAGAUAUAGAAGUAAAAUAUGUAAUGUCAAAAGAUCAAUUAGCUGAUAUUUUUACUAAACCGUUACCCAAGCAACAGUUUGUAUAUCUUCGAGAAAUGAUGAGUGUAUCAGACCAUUCAAAAUAA